AUGUCCUCCCGACGCCCUAUAUACUUCAAUCCCGCCGCCGCGACAGCGCGCUGCGCAGAACCCCAAACUGCGUCGCUCAAGGCAUUCCAUCAGUCGCUCCCUGGGUAUAAACGCACGCGCUUAACUGCGUUGCCGGAUUUGGCAGCGCAAAUUGGCGUUCGUGCUGUGUUUGUCAAAGAUGAGAGUGAUCGGUUUGGACUCCCUGCUUUUAAGGUGCUGGGUGCGUCGUGGGGUUGUUACAGGGCUAUUGUGGCGCAUUUGGGCCAGGCGCCUACAUCUAGUUUGGAGGAACUGGCGGUGCAGCUAAAGGGUACUUCGCUCACUUUGGUGGCUGCGACGGACGGUAAUCAUGGUCGCGCUGUUGCGUUCAUGGCGAGAUUGCUGGGUCUCGGGGCGCAUAUCUAUGUACCUCAAGCGAUGGACGAGACUACACGCGGACACAUUGCUGGGGAGGGUGCCAGUAUUUCUGUGGUUCGGGGUGGGUAUGAUCAGGCGGUGCAGGAGGCUGCAGAUGCUGUCAAAGCUAUGGACGGGGGACUCCUUGUUCAGGAUACCGCGUUCGCGGGAUACGAAGAAGUCCCCUCGUGGAUUGUGGAGGGAUACUCUACGAUGAUGGCAGAGGUGGAAGACCAGCUGGCGGAGAAGGGCUUGAAAUGCAGCGUGAUGGUUUCCCCGGUUGGGGUGGGCAGUCUAGCUCAUGCUGUCGCGAAGUACUGCAAGUCUCGGGACUCGCCGGCGACGAUGGUGGCCGUCGAACCGGAUACGGCGGCCUGCUUACACUCCAGCUUGACGAUCGGGAAAGCAGUGAGCGUCGACUCCUCGUCCACGAUCAUGGAUGGCAUGAACUGCGGGACGGUUUCGGCUACCGCGUGGCCCGACCUUCAGCGACUCGUCGACUCGUGUGUGACGGUCUCGUGCCAGGAGACUCACGGCGCGAUCCAGUAUCUCGCGACGCAAUCUGUGGCGGCUGGACCGUGCGGUGCUGCGUCGCUUGCUGCACUACGACGCCUUGCUUCUACGGGCGAGGCAAGCUUUCUAGGCCCAGAUGCUGUUGUCGUCUUGCUCAGCACGGAAGGACCACGGCCCUAUCCAACUCCAUUGGACGUGACUGUCGAGGACUCGGUUGGUCUGACGCAAGUUCUCACCACCAUUAACUCCUCUAAUCCAUCUCUAUCCGUGACCGACGGAAUUGGAGAAGACCAAAUCGUAGACUACCUAGCUGGGUGGUUCGCCCACCGCGGCAUCGAACAUCACCGGAUUGAAACCGUCCCUGGCCGACCGUCCAUCGUGGGCGUCAUACGUGGCACAGGGGGAGGCCGCUCACUAAUGUUCAACGGCCAUAUCGACACGGUCAGCCUUUCCAGCUACGAGAAAGAUGCCCUCGCCGGGUCACUCGACGAACGAGACGGUCGACAGGUGGUUCUGGGCCGUGGCUCUCUCGACAUGAAAGGCGGAUUAUCAGCAGCUCUAGCUUCCCUGGCCUCGGUCAAGGCCAGCGGAAACCUUCCUCGUGGCGACAUCAUCGUGACGGCGGUUUCUGACGAGGAAGACGCUUCCCAAGGCACACGGGAUGUACUCGCCGCGGGGUGGCGGGCAGACGCCGCCGUAAUCCCCGAGCCGACCAUGGAGACGCUCAUGACCGCGCACAAGGGGUUCAUAUGGGUUGAAAUCGACAUCCUCGGCGUUGCCGCUCACGGGUCCGACCCCGCCAACGGAAAGGACGCCAUUCUCUUAGCCGGGUGGUUCCUCCAGGCCCUGGAGCAGUACCAGCGUUCGCUCCCCGUCGACGAAACUCUGGGCGCGGCAUCCCUGCACUGCGGCCUGAUCCAUGGUGGACAGGAGCCGUCGUCCUACCCAGCCAAGUGCACCGUAACAGUUGAGUUCCGGACCGUCCCUGUGCAAACGGAAGCGUCCAUCCUGUCGGACCUCAACUCGAUGCUGGAGGGCAUUGUUCAGGAAAACCCACAGUUCCGGUACGCAGCACCCCGCAUUACGAUGGCCCGUCCGACCCAAAAGCUGCCCACGGACCAUCCGUUUGUUGAGAUGGUUCGGGCUUGCGAAACCGCUGUGUUUGGACGUCGGUCGACGCCGUCUGCUGCGGCUUUCUGGUGCGAUGCUGCGCUUCUCAGUCGUGAGGGGAUUCCGUCUGUUGUAUAUGGUCCUAAGGGACAUGGGCUACAUGGAAAGGAGGAGUGGGUGGAGGUUGAGAGCUUGCAGAAGCUGCAGCUUGUUUUUGAGAAUCUCAUCCGUGAAUUUUGCGGUUGA